GUAGACGGGAACUGAAAAAAGAGAAGAGAGGGAAAGGGGAGAGGCAAAGGGGAGUGGUGGAGGCUGAAAGAGAGGGGAAAUGAUUGAAGAGGGGAAGAGGGAGGGAGAGGAGGGUAUGAGAGAGAGAGGGGGGUAUCAUGUGACAGUAGGUGUAUUGAAUCUUGAAAAUAGAUCUCACAGUCUACGCCUUUCCAGCAUCAACAUAAGAGUGAUCGACAGAGAAAGAGAGAGAGAGAGAGAGAGAGAGAGAGAGAGAGACUGCAGUGAGGCUGUCUUGACGGCUUGUGCGUCGCGUGGUGAUGUUGUCCAUUUCUGUUGUAUAAUGAGACAGACAGACCGUAGUGUUGGACUGUUGUGUUGGAGAGAGUGCUUGAGUGUGUUUCUGUAGGUGUAAGUGUGUUGCUGAUAGUGAGAGUGUGUGAGUGCGCUCCUGAGUGUGAGUGGAUGUGAAGGUGCGUCUCUGAGUGUGUUCCAGAUUGUCUCUGAGUGUGCGAGCGUGAGUGUGUCUCUGUGUGUGUGAGUGUCAGUGUGUCUCUGAGUGCCCCACCCUGCCAUCAGGAUGAUGCAGCAGAUCCUCAGAGAUCUGUACAUCGACCCCGAGCUGCUGACGGAGCUCAACGAUGAGCAGAAACAGAUCCUGUUCUACAAGAUGAGAGAGGAGCAGCUCCGGCGCUGGAGAGAGAGGGAGAGGGAGGAGAGUGGCACGGAGAGGGUGAGGAGGGGGGGCAGUGGGAAGGCAGUGCGUUGGCUGCAGGGACAUGACGGAGAGGUGUGGGUCUGGGUGAUGGGCAACGCCCCUGGAGACAGACCCUAUGAACAGAUUGCAGAGGAACUGAUGGCAGAGCGAGCGAGGAGGCAGGCACAACUAGAGGCACAGGAACUGUGGCGUGAGAAGGAGGCCGAGAUCGAGCAGAAGUUCCGUGCCGCGAUGGCGAAGGAGAAAGCACGCUGUGUGGCAGAGAGGUGGAGAGAGGAGACCAAGAUACAAGAGGAUCUGCGGCGGCGCGAAGAGCAGGAGAGGAAGCGAGGAGAGGAAGAGAUCCGGAGAGCAGAGGAGAGGAGAGCAAGAGAGCUGUACAUCUCUUUGACCCAGGAUAGACAAGAGAGCGAGAGAGAAGAGGGAGAGGACAAGGAAUGGCAGGAGCAGUUGCUUAGGUCCAAAGCUGCUGAUGAGGAUAUGAAGCACAAGGCCCGUCUCGCCCGAGCCGAGUACCAGCGCCAGUCACUGCGAGCGAUCGAGCGGGGCCGGGUCGCUGGGCUCAGCGGACUCUUCCAGCAGACCCAGCUGAAUGGAACGGGUCAGAACCGGCGCCACAGCACUUGCCCUGUGACCAGGGACCCGUCAACGCACACAGUCUCCACACCCCUGCCAUUGGCAGACAUCCAGGGGCCUGGCCCCGGCAGAGCCACUCCGAACCGCAGACACAGCACUAGCGCCGGGCUCCCCGCUGCAGACAGCCCCACCUGGUCUCGCCCCCCCCGGCCUGCCUCUCGCCUGUCGGUGCUUCGCUGGUUCAGAGAGGAGCAGCUGCCCAAGAGAGCCGGCUUCGAGAGGAACAGCGACCAGAUAGCACCCUGGUUCCAUGGUAUAAUCUCUCGGCAGGAGUCUGAGUCUCUCCUGAUGAAUUCCCUCGAGGGUUCCUUCCUAGUGCGUGUGAGCGAGCGGAUCUGGGGGUACACGCUCUCGUACCGGCAGCAGAGUGGCUUCAAGCACUUCCUGAUCGACGCCUCAGGGGAUUACUACAGCUUCCUGGGCGUCGACCAGAAUCGCCAUGCCACACUGGCUGACCUCAUCGACUUCCACAAGGAGGAGGUGAUCACCUUGUCAGGUGGAGAGCGGCUGCAGGAGGCGUGUGGACAGAGAAAGGGCUGCAAUGACUAUGGGGGGCUCUUCCAAUAAUGAAGGGACCCCAAAGAUAUACACCCCCCCCCCCCACUACACCCCACAAACAAAAGGAACACAGCAACUAAGACUCUCUCAAUAACCGGGACACCCCAAGAUACACUCCCCUACACCCCAGAAACAGAAGGAGCACAGUGAGUAUGAGACUCUCUCAAUAACCGAGAGACCCCAAGAUACACUCCCCUACACCCCAGAAACAGAAGGAACACAGCGACUAUGAGACUCUCUCAAUAACCGGGAGACCCCAAGAUACACCCCCGCCACACCCCAGAAACAGAAGGAACACAACGACUAUGAGACUCUCUCACUAACCGGGAGACCUCAAGAUACACCCCCCCCUACACCCCAGAAACAGAAGCAACACAGCGACCAUGAGACUCUCUCAAUAACCGGGAGACCCCAAGAUACACCCCCCCUACACCCCAGAAACAGAAGCAACACAGCGACCAUGAGACUCUCUCAAUAACCGGGAGACCCCAAGAUACACCCCCCCUACACCCCAGAAACAGAAGCAACACAGCGACCAUGAGACUCUCUCAAUAACCGGGAGACCCCAAGAUACACCCCCCCUACACCCCAGAAACAGAAGCAACACAGCGACCAUGAGACUCUCUCAAUAACCGGGAGACCCCAAGAUACACCCCCCCUACACCCCAGAAACAGAAGCAACACAGCGACCAUGAGACUCUCUCAAUAACAGGGAGACCCCAAGAUACACCCCUCCUACACCCCAGAAACAGAAGGAACACAGCGACGAUGAGGCACUACUGUCAGUAUUUCUACAUAUCUCGAGUUGCUCAGUUUAAUAUUCUUAUUAUUAUUGUAUUGAUGUUUGAGUUUGUUUGACAGUGGGGUGCAGGCAAGCGUCAAGAAUUUCUGAGUGAAAUGAUGGAAAGCGAUCCGACAGACUUGGCCUCUUCCUGUAAUCCCAGCUCUCUCCACACACCCUUCCUAACUCCCAGCCUACACAAGGGGACAGCAGGGGAAACAAAACUCUUUUGUGCUUUUGUUAGUUUCUUACUCAAAGCAGAUCUUUUUUUGAAUAGGAAAUAGCAGUGAGGAUCUUCAUGCACUCAUGUCAGGGGUUUGACUUGAACGUUUCCUGUGGAAUGUCUCUCAGUGUCUCCAGUGUGUUUGUUGUCCUCCAGUAGUGAUACAAUAUAAAAUAAAAUAGUU